GUCUUCUUUCUUUUAGUUGCACGUGUUGGCAGUGGACUGCGCCAUUGCUGAAAAUUUCAGAGAAUUUCUCUGAAAAUCGUGUAAUUUUUCUUUAGUGCGACAAAUACCAUCAAAAAAAUGACGUCGCAAUACAACUUCAAAAAGAUCGUCAUCGUUCCGACGGCGAAGGACUUUAUCGACAUCGUCUUGUCGAAGACCCAAAGAAAGACUCCAACUGUUGUACACAAACAGUACAAGAUUACACGUAUCCGUCAGUUCUACAUGCGCAAAGUAAAGUUUGCCCAGCAGAGCUUCCACGACAAACUGUCUACAAUUCUGACUGAUUUCCCGAAACUUGAUGACAUCCACCCUUUCUAUGCUGACUUGAUGAAUGUCCUCUACGACAAGGAUCACUACAAAUUGGCUCUUGGCCAGAUCAAUAUUGCUCUCCACUUGAUAGACAAUGUCUCCAAGGACUAUGUCCGCUUGCUCAAGUAUGGUGAUUCACUUUACCGCUGCAAACAGCUGAAGAAGGCAGCCUUGGGUCGCAUGGCCACCAUCAUGAAGAGACAGGCACAGAGUCUGCAGUAUCUGGAGCAGGUCAGACAGCAUCUCUCCCGUUUGCCAUCCAUCGACCCCAACACCAGAACUCUGCUUAUCUGUGGAUUCCCCAAUGUCGGCAAAUCCAGCUUCAUCAACAAGAUUACUAGGGCAGAUGUUGAAGUCCAGCCUUAUGCUUUCACCACCAAGUCACUCUUUGUGGGACACACUGAUCAUCGUUACCUGCGUUGGCAGGUGGUGGACACUCCUGGUAUUUUGGACCAUCCUCUAGAAGAUCGUAACACCAUUGAAAUGCAGGCCAUUGCUGCCUUGGCUCAUCUUAGAGCUGCUAUUCUCUAUGUCAUGGACAUUUCAGAGCAAUGUGGUCAGUCCAUUGAAUCGCAAGUGGCUCUGUUUGAGAGCAUCAAACCUCUCUUUGCCAACAAGCCUUUGCUUGUGGUGCUCAACAAGACGGAUGUAAUCCGGCUGGAGGAAUUGAAGCCUGAACAAAAGACCUUGAUCCAAGGCUUCAUCAACGAUGAUAUACCCGUUAUGGAGAUGUCGACUUUAAGCGAAGAAGGUGUGAUGGCUGUCAAAAAUGAAGCUUGUGAACGUCUGUUGGCCCACAGAAUUGAAGUAAAGAUCAAGAGCAAGAAGGUGGAAGGCAUUCUCAAUCGGCUGCACGUAGCCGUACCGAAACCUCGCGAUGGAGUCGUACGUUCGGCAUUCGUGCCCGAGAAUGUGAUUAAACAACGUUUGUCUAAAGAACCUAAGCCCAAGAAGAAGACGGAACGCGAUCUCGAGGUCGAGCUUGAGGACGAUUACUCUCUGGAUUUGAAGAAAAAUUACGACCUACCAGCCGACUUCAAGUACGAUGUCAUCCCCGAGUUCUGGGAAGGCAAAAACAUCGCCGAUUACAUCGAUCCCGACAUUAUGGCUAAAUUGGAAGAGCUGGAACGCGAAGAAGAGCUUCGGAUCGAGUCUGGUGUUUACGACAAGGAAGAAGAGGAAAUGGACGAUGAAGAAAAAGAGAUUCACCGUUUAGCCGGCAAGAUUCGCGAGAAGAAGGCCAUCAUCGCCAUCGAGUCGCGCAUUGGCCGCAGCGGUGGCAAGCCAGUGUUGCCUCGUGCUGGACGCAAGCGCGAACGUUCCGUCAGCCGUUUGCGCUCCGAAUUUGAAGAGCUUGGUGUCGACAUGACCGGCAAGGGUGGAGCUCAUUUCGCCCGCACCAAGUCCCGCUCGGCCAGCCGUCCCGCCAUCAAGAAGGCCCGCGCAGACUCUACUGGUCGCGUUCGUUCCUCAUCUCGUGUCACUCCUCGUGACGAGUCGGGCGUCCGCGGCGUUGAGAUGAAGUCCAAGGCUAAGAAGAUGAGCCACAAAUCGCAGGGCAAGAUGAACCAAUUCGGUAAGGCUGGUGAAGCCGAUCGUCACAUUGCCGUCAAGAUGCCAAGACAUCUUUACUCUGGCAAGCGUGGUAAUGGCAAAACCGAUCGCCGUUAAAAAGAAAAUGUAAUAAGAAGAAAAACCUACAUCCGAACGAUUAUUGAAGAGGAAAGAGGAGAAUGCGAGAUGGACGCCCCCGUUCCUGGUGUUGAAUGAGGAGAGGCCAAGGUUAGAUUUCAUUUUAUCGCUAAGUCCCUGAUUGUUUGAUGUGGCCACAGUGUCAAACAGUUCUGUACUUUUGCGCCAAUCCUAUCGCUCCUCCCGGUUCAUGUGUACCCGCUUUAUAAUAUUUUUCAAGAAUUUCAUAUCCUGAAAAAUAUGAAAAGAAGUACACGGCGUGGUGUCAGUCUUGCUAACGAA